GCUGAAGGGAAGGAGGUGCUAAUAACAGGCUGUGACAAAGGAUUUGGGCAUGCCUUGGCAAAACAGCUUCAUGCAAAGGGAUUUACUGUUUUUGCUGGGUGCUUGCUCUUGGAUGAAGAUGGAGAAGGAGCCAGGGAGCUGAAGAACAUGAAGUCAGAUCUCAUGAAGGUGCUACAGAUGGAUGUGUGCAGUGACCAGGAGGUGGCUCAGGCCGUGGACUUUGUGAAGAGGACCCUGAAAGAGUCAGAGGAAGGUCUGUGGGGCCUGGUGAAUAAUGCUGGCAUCUCAGCCUUCGGAGAGGUGGAAUUUGCAAGUUUGGACAUCUACAAGAAGGUGGCAGAGGUCAACCUGUGGGGCACCGUGGUGACAAAGGCUUUCCUGCCCCUCAUUCGCAGAGCUAAAGGCUGCGUGGUGAACAUCAGCAACACGUUGGGGCGAACGGCGAGUCCGUCUCGCUCCUGCUGCUGC